UAACACCCUAAUUACUACAAAAGUUGAGAACAAUACAGGGCUGGCACUUCUCUUCAUCACCUCGCUCGCUCCGUCACACCUCUGAAAAUGUCGGAACCCAUGAAAUCACAUGAAAUAUUACCGUCAGAAAAUCCCGACGAUAAUGGCGAACACACCAAUACUCUCGCUGCAUCAUCUAUGGACGAGUCGAGCUCCGAGUCCAACUCUGAGUCUGACGACGAAGUUCAAGAAGCGCUGGAGCUGAAAACCCUAGAAUCUGAGCUCUCUCGCAGUCCUUCAAACUAUGAUUUACAUGUUAAGUAUAUAAAGUUGUUAAGGAAAUUAGGGGAGAUUGAUAAGCUCAGGCAAGCUAGGGAAUCGAUGAGUGAGAUUUUCCCCUUAACACCCACAAUGUGGCAGGAGUGGGCUAAAGAUGAAACUACUUUAUCUUCAAGGCCUGAGGCAAUUGCAGCUAUUGAAAAGAUCUAUGAACGAGGUGCAUCUGAUUAUAUGUCUGUCCCUCUUUGGUGUGACUACUUAAAUUUUAUGCAAGAACAUGAGCCUUCAAUCCGCGAGUGUUCAGCUGCUGGUGUUUCAAAGGCAAGAAACUUAUUUGAGCGUGCUCUUACAGCUGCUGGUUUGCAUUUUAGUGAAGGCAUUAAGAUAUGGGAAAAUUACAGAGAAUUUGAACAAGCUAUUUGCCUUACAAUUGAAGAUUCUGAUACUGAGGGGAAAGAAAAGCAGAUCCAGCGUAUUCGAAAUAUAUUUCACAGACAGCUUUCUGUCCCCCUGGCUGAUAUGAAUUCGAGUUUACAUGCUUAUAAAGUAUGGGAGGUGGAGCUAGGGAGCAAUCUUGAUGUUAAUUCUGGUGAUCUGGAAGGUAUUUCUACUCAUGUUGCUUCUGCUUAUAAGAAGGCAUUGGAGAUGUAUAAUGCUCGGGUUGAUCUCGAAGAGCAAAUUUCUAAAUCUGGUGUACCUGAUAGAGAAAGACUUCCACUCUUUAAGAGAUACUUGAAGUUUGAAGAGUCUACAGGCGACCCUGCGCGAGUUCAGAUUUUAUAUGAACGUGCUAUCACUGAGUUUCCUAUAUCUAGUGAUUUGUGGAUUGAUUAUACACACUAUUUGGAGAAAAUGCUUAAGGUUGGUAAUGUCUUGAAGGAAGCUAUUAGUAGAGCCACUAGGAAUUGCCCUUGGGUUGGGGAACUCUGGGUAAGGCGAUUGCUUUGCUUGGAGCGGGUUCAUGCUUCGGAGGACGAAAUUUCUCUGGUGUUUGAGAAGGCCCUCCAAUGUUCAUUUUCAAGUUACGAGGAGUACCUGGAUUUGUUUCUUACUCGCUUAGAUGGCUUGCGGAGAAGGAUUUCAAUGGCUGGUGAAAUGCAGGUCUUCGAUUAUGCUGUAGUAAGAGACACGUUUCAGCGUGCAUCAGACUACUUGUCUCCACAUCUUAAAGCCACAGAUGCAUUGUUGCAUCUGCAUGCCUAUUGGGCUCGUUUGGAGCUGAGUCUGGCAGAUGAUAUAGUAGCUGCUCGCAGUGUUUGGGAAAGCUUACUGAAGCUUAGUGGCACCAUGCUUGAAGCUUGGCUAGGUUAUAUAAAGAUGGAGAUUGAGAAGGGAAAUCUGAAUGAAGCUAGAUCUAUCUAUCGGAGGUGCUAUACAAAGAGAUUUUCUGGAUCCGGUUCAGAGGAGAUAUGCAAAUCUUGGUUACGUUUUGAGAGGGAAUUUGGCACACUGGAAGAUUAUGACUAUGCUGUUCAGAAGGUUUCACCACGUUUGGAGGAGCUACGGAUGUUUAACUUGCAGCAAGAAUGCAAAACUGUUGCAACUAUUGGAGAUAGUGAACAUUCCUCCAAGAAAAAGGCUCGCGAGAAACGGAAACCAAUUUCAAAUUUGUUAGAUGACCAGUCUCCUUUAAAACGACUAAAAGAUAUCAAGGAUAGCUCUCAGAAAGGGGCCAAGAAAGAUGACGACAAAGGGCAGGAUGUUUCUACAACAACCUGUGUGGAAGAGACUGUAGCAAAUGCUGAAAUGAUGGAUAGCCGCAAUGAACAGCCAAAGGAACAGAACAUGCAUGGAAAGGCUAAGGAACAGAACAUGCAUGAAAUGCCAAAGUACACAGAUCAGUGCACUGCAUUCAUGUCCAAUCUUGAUCUCAAAGUAAACUAUGAAGAUAUUCGCAAGUUCUUUAGUGAUGUUGGUGGAGUUCAAUCUAUCCGAAUAUUGAAGGACAGGGAAACUGGUAAAUCAAGGGGUCUUGCAUAUGUGGAUUUCUGUGAUGAUGCACACCUUGAGGCUGCUGUGGCGAAAAACAGACAGUGGUUACUAAAGAAGAAAAUUAGCAUUGCCCGAUCAGAUCCUUCUAGAAGCAAAAAACAGUCAGGCACACGCCAUAGAGCUGACAGAGAUGGUCCACAGAUACCAACUGGGGAGAAUGCAUCGAUUAAGGGGCGUGACAAUGAUGGAAUCCAACUCAAGGGAAAGAACACAUUUGCAGUUCCACGCAAUGUUAGGCCUUUAGGUUUUACAGCGAACAAGCCAAAAGCUGACGAGGAGGAUGAGAAACCAAAGUCUAAUGAUGAAUUUAGAAACAUGCUUCUCAAAAAGUAGCUGACACAAGAUUUCUAGCGAAUUUCAUUGUACAGUUGGGUAGGUUGUGUUACUAACCACUAUCUGUGAGAAAUUCACCUUGUUGAUAGUCAAAAUGUAUGGUGCUUUUGGAAAGCAUGUCUGAAGUAGCACGUCGGUGGCAGUGUAGUAAACUGAAAAAACUUGGCUCUAUAACUUGAACUGCCACUUUUGGCCUGCUUGUGUGUAUGAGUUCUGAAUAAUCAUUAUAUGGUGCUCUACGGAGCAAAUGAGCCUUUUUGUACA